AGAAAAAAAUUCGUUAGAAGCAAGAAAAUAGGGACAAGAGAAAGAUUGAAAAAAAUUUUCUAAAGUUUUUCCGAACAAAAUCCUGUUCUCUCUCGAGAACAGCGGGCAUUUCCUUCCCUGGAGGUGUCAAAAUUUUUCAGGUUGAAGCAAAAUGGCCGCUGUUCGUAUUCUUAGGCCAUCAUCAUCAUCAUCUUCCUUCUUUGUAUUGCUUUUAUUCUUUUUUCUACUCUUGCCGCCAGUUAUAUUAUCCGGUUCAAAUACCGAAGCGCUUUUAAAACUCAAAGCAUCAUUUAUAGAUCCUAAACAAGCUUUAGAUACAUGGAAAGACGACGGUUCGUCGAUUUGUAAUGGCACUAAAACUUCAUGGGCAGGUGUUGUUUGUAUUGAUGGAUUUGUUACAGGUUUACAUUUAGGACAAAUGGGGCUCUCUGGCAAGAUUGAUGUCGAUGCUAUACGUGAAUUACCCGGCUUUCGUACUCUCAUUCUGGAGAAAAAUGAAUUCUCCGGAACAAUACCGGAUUUUAGCAAGCUUGUUGCUUUAAGGGGUUUGUUCUUGUCAGGGAAUAAGUUUUCCGGUGAGAUUCCAGACGGUUUCUUUGGAAAGUUUUUAAGGUUGAUUUGGUUAUCUGAUAAUGCAUUUACGGGAAAGAUACCGACGUCGUUGGGGACGUUGCCACAUCUGACGGAGCUGCAUCUGGAGAACAAUCAGUUUUCUGGAGCUAUUCCUCCAUUUACACAGUCGUCAUUGAAAUCCAUUGACUUGUCUAAUAACAAGCUCGAGGGUGAAAUCCCAUCAGGUUUAUCAAAAUUCGACAAGAAAUCCUUCGCUGGCAACGCCGGGCUUUGCGGUGGGCAAUUGGGUACAGAAUGCAAAGCUGCAAUCGAACCACAAUCUCCUUCUGACCCUCGGGUUGUAGAAAACCAUCCAGAAACUCCAGAGUCCAAAAAAAUGGCAGCAGCGACCAUUGUUUUGAUUACGAUGCUUCUUUUGCUUGUAAUUGCAGCUAUUUUGGUAAUGAAGAAAAGGAAGGAGGAUUUUGAUGUGCUUGGGAGGGAAAAUCUUGACGAGCCAUUAGACGUUCAAGUUGCACAAGGAGGUUCAAAUAGAAGCAGGGGAAUGGAAUCGAGCCGAAAGGGGAUGGACUCGAGUCGAAAGGGUUCUACUCACAAUAAUAAUAAGAACACGGGAAUGGGAGAUUUGGUGAUGGUGAACGAGGAGAAGGGAAUACUAAGACUACCUGAUUUGAUGAAAGCUGCCGCCGAAGUGUUGGGUAAUGGCAGUUUAGGAUCAGCUUAUAAGGCAGUUAUGUCAAGUGGUGUUGCAGUGGUGGUGAAGAGAAUGAGAGAAAUGAAUAAACUCGGUAAGGAUGGUUUCGACAUGGAGAUGAGGAACCUUGGGAAACUACGUCACCCGAAUAUUUUGACUCCGUUAGCUUAUCAUUAUCGGAAAGAGGAGAAGCUAUUGAUAUGCGAAUACGUUCCCAAGGGAAGCUUGUUGUAUCUCUUGCAUGGUGACCGGGGACCUAGCCAUGCUGACCUAGACUGGCCGGCGCGCCUAAAGAUCGUUCAAGGAAUUGCUCGAGGAAUGGGUUUUCUGCAUACUGAACUAGCUUCUUGCAGCAUUCCUCAUGGAAAUCUCAAGUCCAGCAAUAUUCUUCUGGCUUCUGAUUACGAACCACUACUUGCCGAUUACGGUUACUUUCAACUAGUAAACACACCGCAAGCAGCUUCAUCCAUGUUAGCCUACAAAGCACCGGAAUCGCUACAAUACCGCCAAGUUUCUCAGAAAUGUGACGUUUACUGUCUCGGAAUCGUCAUUCUGGAGAUCCUGACAGGGAAAUUCCCUUCUCAAUAUCUCAACAACGGCAAAGGCGGAACGGAUGUUGUUCAAUGGGUUUUAUCAGCAAUCGCUGAGAAAAGAGAAGCUGAGUUAUUUGAUCCAGAGAUAUCCGGUGCCAAAAAUGCACUUGGUGAAAUGGAGAGACUUUUGCAUAUUGGUGCAGAUUGUGUUGAUCAGAACCCCGAACAACGACCAGAUAUGAAAGAAGCCAUUAGAAGAAUAGAAGAAGUACAAGUAGAGAGACUUUCUGAAGGUGCAGCAAUUCAACAAGCACCAACGUUAAAAGACGGUUACGCCGAUCAAACUUCAACUUCCCAUGCUUUAGAUGUUUUCGAAGGCAAUAACACAGAUCUUUCACGAUGAAUUACGCUAACGAAACCUCGAAAAAUUCUUUGCCUUCACCAAUCUAGUUGGUUUUUCUUACUUCAUUUUUCUUCUUCUUCUUCUUCUUCUUCUUCUUCUUCUUGUGAAUUUAUACAUAAAAAAAGAGUUCUCAAAAACAAAAAACGUGCUCCAUGAUCUUAUUCUCUUUUCUGCUCUAUACUCUUGUAUAACUCUCUUUUCUAUCUUUUGAGUACAAAAUACCCUAUAAUUCUUAAGGUUAGUAGAGUAUAAUGAGCAUAUAACCAUAUGAAGUGUAGAAUGCAAGAAUAGAAAAGAAAAAACAAAUGAAGGGUAUUUAUCAUUUUUUGUUUAUGUUGGUGAAGGAAGGGGAGUUUGUCUGUGGUCAUCUGUGUAGCAGGGACAUGUCUAUUUUUGGAGCUGUGUCUGCGUCAGUGCUUCCCAGGUGGUCAUGUUGCCUGUAUUAUUGUAUAUGGGCAUGCAUAGUUUUUUUAGUUGAGGGGUUUGAUUGUCAAUCUUGAAAACUUAAUUUAGAUUUUUUGAAUGUAAAAUUUGAUCUUUUUUUCGCAGUCAAUUUGUGUAAUUUGUUUUCUUUUCCAAAGAUCAAAAAAAUUGUUAUGGUACUUA